AUGUCGCUGAUUGAUCUUGAGAAGACAUCACAUUCAUUUGUUGAUCACAUGUCUUCAACGGGCGGCUAUGAUUCGUCUCAUGGUAUGAAUCUUACGAGCAAUCCAAGUGAACUGUUGUUAAUAGUAACAGCAGAGGAGAAGGCGAUGAAAAAACCGAGGUUUGCUUUUCGCACAAAGUGUGAUGAGGAUAUACUCGAUGAUGGUUAUAGAUGGAGAAAGUAUGGUCAGAAAUCUGUCAAGAACAGCUUGUAUCCAAGGAGCUAUUAUAGAUGCACACGACACAUGUGUAACGUGAAGAAGCAAGUUCAGAGGUUGUCCAAUGAAACGAGCGUUGUGGAGACAACUUACGAAGGAAUCCAUAACCAUCCUUGUGAGGAGAUUAUGCAAACCCUGACUCCUCUUCUUCACCAGAUGCAGUUCCUCUCCAACAUCACCUGA